CCUGAUAUGUAAACCAGUUAACUUUUAUUUUGCGGUAUGUGCAACCAAUUGGAUCGGUGGUUGAACGUUUCAUAAAAUUUAUUAGCAAGGUUGGGCAUACAGCUGAAGAUAUGGAAGUAGCAAUUUUGAAAACACUUGAUGAAUUCACUCUACCUAUCGAGGACUGCGUUGGACAGUCAUACGACAAUGCGUCAAAUAUGUCCGGCGAAUAUUCGGGCCUACAAGCUCGCAUAAAAAACAAUGCCAAAGCUCUAUACAUACCAUGUGCAGCUCAUUCUUUAAAUCUGAUAGGUUCUUGUGCUGCGGAAAGUUGUUCACAGACAACAGAGUUUUUCAUGUUCUAAAAGGAACGUUUUUUUUUCAUCUUCCACUGCUAGAUAGGAUAUUUGAAACAAACUUUAAGUGAGUCUGAGAAUGGAGACGGAAAAGCAAGAAACAAUUUGCUCCCAAAAAAAAUUAACUGCAACUCGAUGGUCUGCAAGAGCGGACGAAACUAGAGCCCUCUAUAGCUGUUAUGAUAGCUACCAAAAUGCCAUUCAAAACUUAAUAGAUGAUCCAAAUCAACCUCCAGUAACAAAGGUUCAAGCUACUGGUUUGCGGUCUGCAAUGAACAAAUUGGAAACUGGAAUUCUUUUAGAAGUGU